AGAGAAGGAAGGGAAGGAGAGGGGAAGGGAACCCUCCUCCUUCCUCCUUUGACCCACACCGCAUCUCUAUCCCACAUUUCACACGCACCCACUCAAAUUCUUGACCAGGCAUUUCUCCCUCCGUCCAUUUGCAUUUCCCUCGUCCUCCACCUCUGCGCAUAUAUCCCCCAUCUGAAACUUCCACCGGCAACAACCAUACACGCACAUAUAUAUAUAUAUAUAUACACACACAGUCUCUCCAAUUGCUUGACCCAGCUCGAGCUUAAGCACCGUCACCAACAACAAUAAUAAGAACUAUAUCAGUAUUCCCUCUUCUUCUUCGUCCUUUUUCUUGGAAUCCAAAUCCCAGUGCUGAGAAGUUCGGUUUUUUUUUUUUUUUUUUGGUCGAGGGCUCUUGGUUCAGCUUUUGUAUUGGGUUUUUCCAUCUGGGUCGGUGGGGUUUUGGGCGUUCCAGCCGGGAUGGGUUUAGCUUCGAUUGUUCUUGAGAUCUUGAAGGGGCCCAGCUUUGGAGCGGUGGUGUCGGAACUCGUGGUUCUGAUGGUUCCUAUCUGGGUUGCGCUGUUUCUUGGAGUUCUGACCGGGUGGGUAUGGAGGCCUCAGUGGGCGAAUCUUGCUGGAGCGGUCUCUGGUGGCUCGAAAGAUUCGUCCCCUUCUUCAAAUUCAGGAGAGGAAUCUGAUUCUGCUACUAAAGGUUCUGGUCAAACCUUGAGUCAAAUGAGAUUGGUCUCCUCUGAAGGAGCUACGGAUAGAAAAAUCUUCUCUGAACCUUCCGCAGCUGUUUCCAACUGCAGUAUGGUGAAGGCUGAAACUGAAAAAACUGGUCUAGUUAACUCAGAUGAUUUGGAGCAUUUAUGCCGGCUUGUGGAGGUGAAAGAUGGAGGGCCUGCUUGGAUUCAGAUGAUGGACCGCUCGACAGCCACUAUGAGCUACCAAGCUUGGCGUAGAGAUCCCGAGACUGGGCCUCCGCAAUACAGGAGCAGGACUGUUUUUGAGGAUGCGAGUCCUGAACUCGUGAGGGAUUUCUUCUGGGAUGAUGACUUUCGGUUGAAGUGGGACAACAUGCUCCUUUCAGCUUCCACUUUGGAGGAGUGCCCGACCACUGGAACUAUGGUGGUGCAGUGGGUUCGUAAGUUCCCAUUCUUCUGUAGUGAUAGGGAAUACAUAAUUGGGCGUCGGAUUUGGGAAUCAGGACGAGCAUAUUAUUGCGUGACAAAGGGAGUGCCCUGCUCCACUGUGCCAAGGCGCAAUAAACCAAGACGCGUAGAUCUAUACUAUUCAAGCUGGUGUAUCCGAGCAGUUGAAUCAAAGAGAGGAGAUGGGCAACUGACCUCCUGUGAAGUACUGCUGUUCCAUCACGAAGACAUGGGCAUCCCAUGGGAAAUCGCCAAGCUCGGGGUCCGCCAAGGAAUGUGGGGGGCUGUCAAGAAGAUAGAGCCGGGGCUACGCUCAUACCAGAAGGAGAGAGCCUCCAGGGAAGCUGCAAUCUCCCGCUGCGCUUUUAUGGCACAGAUCAACACCAAAGUCAGUGCAGACUAUCUCAGUUCCUUGGACAACACUUCCAGCAGUAGUAGUGAGUUGUCUGAAAUUGCUAAUAAAGACCGCGAUUCCUCCUCGGAGAAGAACCAGCUGGGGAAGAAUGUAUCGAAGCUCAUAGUUUUUGGGGGAGCGAUUGUUCUUGCCUGCACUCUUGAUCGAGGAUUGUUGUCGAGAGCAGUUAUCUUCGGGGCUGCCCGAAGGUUCGGGCAGAUUGGUAGGAGAUAAUUAGAUUGAGCUUCUUCUCAGGUUUUCUCCAAAAGGCGGCAACCUUUCCACGACGAGGGAAUCCGAAGAUAGAGCUUAAUUGUAGCACCUCUUUCAAAGGAUGGAGGCUGUAUUCAUUUUUGUUUGAUCUUCCCCUUCUGUGAGGGAGCCAUGUACCGGUUUCUUAGUGACUGGAAAGGUCAAUAUAGCACUAAUGUUGUAUCAUGUAUGUAACGUGAACGGUAUAUUCAAAUUCGAUAUCAUAGUUACCGAAGUAUAAGUGAGCA